UUCAUGUUGGAAUCAAGUUGAAAUGGCAGAUAGUAUUGAAUUUAUGAAGAGAACUGACAACCGUCAUCUUCAAACUCAUAUUCGAUUUAAGAUUAAAGAAGCUCUCCGGGAAAGGGACCGUGAUUUAGCUCGAAGAAAAGAAAGCUUGAAAAUUAUGCUUUCAAUGGAAGAACUUCAACAAGAAGAAGAAUUAGCUAAUCUUUUUAGAUCUCGAGUACUAGAGAAUGCACAAAAACGUUUGGAUUGGAUUUCAACAGCUAAAUUCGAAAGAACUGAAGCCGAAAAUGAGUUUUUAAAACUCAAACAAAUUCAACGUGAAUUAAUAAAUUGUGAAGAAAUGCGCCCCAAGGAAAGUAAAAAGAUUACACAAGAAACCAAACGAGCACAAUUAUUACAAAUUGCAGAAAAGAAAGCCAUUCAAAUGAAAGAAAAAGAAAUCGAUAAGAUUUGGUUUGAAGCUCUGAUGUGUUUGGAACGAGAAAAAGAAAAACAACAACAAUAUGAAAAUCAAUUGAGAAAAAUAAUUGCAAAUAAAACUGUUGAUGUCUUAAAUAAUCAGUUAGAUGAAAUUAAACAAAUGAAAGAGAUGGAAAACGAGGAGAAAAAGAAGGAAGAUUUGAGAAUUGAACGAGAAAACCAUGCAGAUGUACUCCAAAUUCAAUUUGAAGAGAGACACAAGCUUAGUAAUAAAUUUAUGGAGGGUUCAGCGCAAAAGUCCAAUCUUCAAGACAUGAAAUCGGAAAAAUUAGCUCGAGCCCAGCAGAUCAAGCGCUCAGAAGAUGAAAUAAUUGAAAUAAAUAAGAUUCAACAACAAAAAGAAGAAGACCAAGCUCAAAUUGAUAGGAAUUUGGAUAGACAAUCUCAAGCAAGAUAUCUUCAGUAUGUCAAGGACAAGAAAUCGGAAAUGAAUUGCAGAAACAAAAUGCUGGACACUGCUUUGGUUGCCCAUGGUAGACGAAUGCAACAAGGAGCCAUAAAUAAGAUACCCUACCAGAAAUCUGUUCGCUAAAAAAUUUAGUUUUUUCU